AUGAUGCUUCGGAGGACCAUGACUUUUCUCCGCGCUGCAGGAGAGGCAGUGAGUGUGUCGAGUGAGCUGCAGAAGCUUCUGCCUUCUUUGCUUCCGCUUCUCGAUCCACCCAUCCCGAGAGGGAAAACUGUUUCUGCUGCGCACAUCAUUGUUGCAACCAGCAAUAGUAGCAGCAAACGAAGUGAGAGACAUUUACCGGAGUGCCCUGUACUCGCGCGUACUUUGCCACUUACCGCAGUGGUGGAUCACGUAGCCUUUAUGAAGCGUCCAUGUCUUUCAUGCCUCAGACAACGGGUCCAUUUUCUCGCAUCUGAGGAGUUCUGCAAGAACCUUGAACAGAAAUGCACACAGGAAGGUGGUACUUUACCAGCAGAAUGGGAAAAUAUUGUAAUGAAACAGUUUGGCACCCUUACACAUCUUGAGAAGGAAAUUAUGAUGUACGCAACGAGCCGACGUGAACCUGGAUGGACGUGGCUUGUAUUUGAUAAAGAGCGUAUUGAGGGGCAUCGUCUCGUGGUAAUGAAUCUCCCUGCUAAUAAAACACCCCUGAUAUUGGGACUUUGGCCAUUGGCAGUUAUCAACAUGACAGAGAGUGCAUUAUUAUCUGCAUUGGAGUCAAAACCAGUUGUGACUAACGCAAAAGUGACAUAUCCAUCUUGGUCUCGAGCGGCACGUAAUCCAUUAGCAGCAGUAACACCAACAAGAAAUGUGGGUCUUUCCGGUACACCCACAGAUAUCACAGAUAACAAUAGUAAAAGUCUUUCUGACCUGCGUAAGCAGGUUGCCCAAAAGGCGGUAUCGAAGCUUAACUGGAACUUUAUUCUACAACAAUGGCAACAGGCAGAAGCUUAUUAUGCUUCUACCGCUCGUGAAGAGAAGAUUCGUGCUCAGCGUACCAAACUUGAGCGAGAAGCAGCCUUGGCAGCGAUGAGCAAGUUACGGGAUAGUGGGGCUACCAUACUUACAUCCGACAGUGUUGAAAUUAUAACUGGAGGUAGUAAUACGGGAGCUUCAAAGGUGGAUAAAAAAGAAGGAGAAAAAUUGUCUACCCAGACAACACAGAAAUCGACAGUAAAUGUUGGGGAAGAGACUACUACUACUACUACUACCACCAGCACAACAGUAGAAGAAAAUAAAGAGACAUCAACUAAAACUGAGAGUACUGGAGUUGAUGAGGAUCCAAAGUCUACACAACUUCCAGAUGGUACGUGGCAGUAUUUGUACAAAAAUGGUGAUGUUACCCUCUUGCGACCUGACGGCACACGAGUCUUUAAAAAGAAGGAAUUGACUACGACAGCCUUUGCCGAUGGGAGCACACUUUAUGAGUAUCCCAAUAACACUUCCAUCCUUGACCGUGUAGAUGGGGUUCGUGUAACCACUUUUGCAGAUGGCACAAAACAGGAGGAGCGUUUAAAGUGA